AAUAUUAGUAUAAAGAAUACAAGUCCACCCAAAUCUGCACUCCCUCACUCACACACACACACACAGUGACACACGCUCUCUCUUUCUCUCUCUAUCUCUAUCAAUCAAGACUCUAAAAAGUCUAUCGGUCCUGUCCAGCUAUAUUACAGUGCAGCGUUAGCUUGUAAAGAAAAAAACUUUAAUUAUUUUCAUUAAUUAAUUUCUUCAUUUUUAGUUCUAUUUGUUUUAUCAUCACUACAUUUCUCAAGGAACACAACCAUACAUAAACCUUUUGGUUUUCAUGACUUUCCAAAAUAUUGUAUAAUAGUUUUUCCUCUUUUAUACUAUUAAAUCUUUCUUCUAAUUGGGGUUCUACUUUUUUUAUGUGUGCUUUUCCCAAUGUGCUGAAUUCUAAUGGGGUUUACGCUCGGUUAGAAAUACUCGAUUUUAAGCCCAAAAUCCCUCCUUUUUUCUUCAGCCAUUGCUCGCCAAAGAUAAAUCUAGAGGUGGAUUAGGUGUAUCUGAUUGAGAUUUUGGGCACAGAAAAGCAAGAAUCUGAAGCUGCAUUAGGGCAUUUGGAGCUAAAUCUUGAGGGGUUUUAAGUGAGAUUUUCAAAGAUUUUGAAUUUGGAAAAAAAAUUGUUGAGCGUUUGGAGAAAUUCCAGCUGUUUCUCCACCACAGGGGAUUGAAUUCUGGAGUGGGAUUCGAAAAGUUGGGAUUUUUGGCUGAUUUUCGUUCGUGAGAAUGGCGAUGAACACAGGAGGGAGGCUUGUUGCUGGUUCACACAAUAGAAAUGAGUUUGUGCUGAUUAAUGCUGAUGAAAUUGGGAGAAUUAAGGCUGUUCAUGAACUAAGUGGGCAAACAUGCCAAAUUUGCGGGGAUGAAGUGGAGAUAAUAAAUGAGGAACCGUUUGUUGCCUGCAAUGAAUGCGCUUUCCCCGUCUGUAGAACUUGCUAUGAGUAUGAGAGAAAAGAGGGAACUCAGGCCUGUCCUCAAUGCAAGACCAGAUACAAGCGCAUCAAGGGUUUCGCUAGGGUUGAGGGUGAUGAGGAUGAAGAUGAUAUUGAUGACUUGGAAUAUGAGUUUGAUUAUGUAAAGAGCGAGCCUUUAGGCUUCACCCAAAAUGGUGGCGCAGUAGGAUCUGCGUAUGGUGGUUUAGCUGGAUCAGCCACGACAUCUGGACAUGAUUCAUCCCAGGGUAUCGAUAUCCCUCUUUUGACAUAUGGUGAAGAGGAUGUUGAGAUUUCACAUAAUCAGAGUGCUAUAAUAGUACCCCCAUUUGCCAGUAAUGCGAAUGGAAUUCAUGCGACUCCUCCUGGUACAACAGCACCUCCAGUGCAUCCCCGGCCUAUGGUCCCAGAGAAAGAUCUUGCAGUAUAUGGCUACGGAAGUGUUGCAUGGAAAGAUCGUAUGGAGGAAUGGAGGAGAAGGCAAAAUGAAAAACUUCAAGUGGUCAAACAUCAAGGGGCUACUGGCGGCGACUUUGAUGGGGGUGAUUUUGGUGCAGAUUUGCCUAUGAUGGAUGAAGGGAGACAGCCACUUUCAAGGAAACUGCCAAUUGCUUCAAGCAAGAUAAAUCCAUAUCGGAUGGUAAUUAUUCUACGUCUUGUGGUUCUUGGCUUGUUUUUCCACUAUAGGAUUCGCCAUCCCGUUCCUGGUGCAUAUGGCUUGUGGAUGACAUCAGUUAUCUGUGAAAUAUGGUUCGCUGCAUCAUGGAUACUUGAUCAGUUUCCCAAGUGGUAUCCUAUUGAGCGAGAAACUUACCUUGAUCGACUCUCUCUUCGGUAUGAAAAAGAAGGAAAGCUCUCAGAAUUAGCAGAUGUUGACGUCUUUGUCAGCACAGUAGAUCCCAUGAAAGAACCUCCUUUAAUUACGGCAAACACAGUUCUCUCCAUCCUUGCAGUGGAUUAUCCAGUUGACAAAGUAUCAUGCUACGUGUCAGAUGAUGGUGCAGCCAUGCUUACGUUUGAAGCACUUUCUGAGACAUCUGAGUUCGCUAGAAAAUGGGUUCCCUUCAGCAAGAAAUUCAAUCUUGAACCUCGUGCUCCUGAAUGGUAUUUCUCUCAGAAGAUAGACUAUUUGAAGAAUAAAGUCCAUCCUUCGUUUGUUAGAGAAAGGCGUGCAAUGAAGAGAGAAUACGAGGAGUUCAAAGUUCGGAUUAACCGUUUGGUGGCCAUGGCUGAGAAGGUUCCUGAGGAAGGUUGGACUAUGCAAGAUGGAACACCCUGGCCCGGUAACAAUGUCCGGGACCAUCCUGGUAUGAUUCAGGUAUUCCUUGGUCAUGAAGGUGUUCGUGAUAUUGAAGGGAAUGAGCUCCCUCGUCUGGUAUAUGUUUCACGUGAAAAGAGACCUGGUUUUGAGCAUCACAAAAAAGCUGGUGCUAUGAAUUCACUGAUACGGGUUUCAGCUGUUCUGUCAAAUGCUCCUUAUCUUCUAAAUGUCGACUGUGAUCACUACAUAAACAACAGCAAGGCACUGAGAGAAGCUAUGUGUUUCCUGAUGGAUCCCACCUCAGGAAAGAAAGUAUGCUAUGUGCAGUUUCCACAAAGAUUUGAUGGGAUUGAUCGUCACGAUAGAUAUUCCAAUCGCAAUGUUGUGUUUUUCGAUAUCAAUAUGAAAGGAUUAGAUGGUUUGCAGGGACCUAUAUAUGUCGGAACCGGGUGUGUCUUUAGAAGGCAAGCGCUAUAUGGAUUUGAUGCUCCUGCUAAAAAGAAAGCACCUAGUAAGACAUGUAACUGCUGGCCGAAGUGGUGCUGUUUGUGUUUUGGUUCAAGGAAGAACAAGAAAGGGAAAACUGGGAAAGCAAAGAGAGAUAAGAAGUCGAAGCACAAAGAGGCAUCGAAGCAAGUACAUGCUCUUGAAACCAUUGAAGAAGGAAUUGAAGAAAUAAGUACUGUUGAUCGACCGCCCAUCUCCCAAGAAAAACUUGAGAAGAAGUUUGGUCAGUCACCUGUUUUUGUGGCUUCAACACUUCUAGAAAAUGGCGGAAUGCCAAAUUCAAUUAGUUCGUCAUCACUCUUGAAGGAAGCCAUCCAUGUCAUCAGCUGCGGUUAUGAAGAUAAGACAGAAUGGGGAAAAGAGGUCGGCUGGAUAUACGGCUCAGUCACUGAAGAUAUCUUGACGGGGUUCAAGAUGCAUUGCCAUGGCUGGCGUUCUGUCUACUGCAUGCCCAAAAGGCCUGCAUUCAAGGGAUCUGCUCCAAUCAACCUUUCAGAUCGUCUACAUCAGGUUCUUCGAUGGGCUCUUGGAUCAGUCGAGAUUUUCCUGAGCAAACACUGCCCGAUCUGGUAUGGAUAUGGCGGAGGAUUGAAGUGGUUGGAACGAUUUUCCUACAUAAACUCUGUUGUGUAUCCCUGGACUUCUAUUCCGUUGCUUGUAUACUGCACAUUGCCAGCUAUCUGCCUUCUUACAGGGAAAUUCAUUGUCCCUGAGAUCAGUAACUAUGCCAGCAUCAUAUUCAUCGCACUUUUCAUCACCAUUGCUGUGACUGGUAUCCUUGAAAUGCAAUGGGGAGGUGUUGGAAUCGAUGACUGGUGGAGAAACGAGCAGUUCUGGGUGAUCGGAGGCGUUUCCUCCCACCUAUUUGCUCUUUUUCAAGGGCUCCUCAAGGUCUUGGCUGGUGUGAGCACAAACUUCACCGUCACCUCAAAAGGAGGUGACGAAGAUGGGGGAUUUGCCGAGCUGUACCUCUUCAAGUGGACGUCGUUAUUGAUCCCGCCCACGACUCUGCUGAUCAUCAACAUAGUUGGGGUGGUCGUGGGAGUUGCGGACGCUGUCAACAACGGCUACGAUUCUUGGGGCCCGUUGUUCGGUAGGCUUUUCUUUGCCAUUUGGGUCAUCAUGCACCUCUAUCCGUUCCUGAAAGGUUUGAUGGGGAAGCAAGAGGGAGUCCCGACAGUGAUCAUCAUAUGGUCCAUCCUGCUCUCGUCGAUACUAACCCUCGUGUGGGUCCGGAUAAACCCGUUUGUCUCGAGAGAUGGCCCGGUUCUCGAGAUCUGCGGGCUCAACUGUGACGACUGAGGAUCGUGGUGCCAGCCUCAACUCUUUGCAAGUUGCAGGGACAGCUCUUCGUUGUUGAGAUCGAUCUUUCCUUGUGCAGCCAGACGCGUUUGCUGGUACGUUUUUGCCCCGAUGUACCUAAGGUAGAAUAAGAAGUAAGAAGUGUUGCUCAAUGAGUUUAGUUUGUAUAGAUCAACUGAUUGAUUGAUAGUAUUUGUUUUUGAGAUAUGGUUUCAUUGAUUCUUUUGUUGGAUGUGUUUGUUUAUUUGUGGUGUCUGAGUUAUGGCCCUUAAAGGGUUAUAAAUGUAACUGAAAAAAGAGGAUUAUAUACCGGUUUAAAUAUCAUUCUUUUUUCCUUUUUC